AUCGAAGAUAAAGGCGAGUGAGCUGUUGUCGCUUGGCGUCCAUGGCGUUCUGUGUACGCUGCUGCAGGUACCUGCUGCUGGUCUCCAGUUUCCUACUGCCGAUAGGAGGCGUGCUGGAGGCGUCCUGGGCGGGCUGGUGGGCGUGGCGUGUACUGCCGCACCGGCAGCUGUUCUCGCAGAGUCUGCUGUGGCCGCCAGCGCUCCUAGUGGCCGUCGCCAUCUCUACCGGACUCACCUCGUACCUAUUGUGGCGCGCCACCAACGCUCGCCGCCUGUUCGGGGUAGUCGCCGUGUGCGUGUGGCUGGGCGCGCUGUGUGUGAGCCAGGGCGUGCUGUGCGUCUGGAGCCUGGUGCUGCGCUACUCGCUGCCGCCGCCCACGGAUGCCAUGCUGACCGCGCUGCUCACAGGCAGCCCCUCCAUCUCUUGGGAUACUCUGCAGCCCCAGCUGCAGUGCUGCGCCGCGGUGGGCCCCGGGGACUACCGCGCGGUGGACCCGACGCGGCUGCCCACGUCGUGCUGCGUGCCGGCCGGCCCGCACCAGGGCCACUGCGAGGCGGUGUUCCAGCGCGGGUGCGCGCAGCCGCUGGCCGACGCCCUGGGGGACCUCGCUGCCACCUCCGCCGCCGUUGCGGGCGCCGCCGCUGCUGCCACGUUAUCCAUCCUGGUGAUUGCCGCCUUCUACGCUGCAGAGAUUCGAAAAAGAACUGAAACCACAGCGGAACCGGCUGAUGUACAACAGACGCUUUUGAGGAACCUCAGACCCAGAGACGGAUAACGUGAAGUCAACGUACCACACAGAAAUUUAUGUGAUUCGGUAACGGUUGUUCGUUUGGGUAUUGUGAAACCAUGAAAGACAAUGUUUAAGUGUACGAGCAUACAAAGCUCGUAUUUAUGAGAAGAAAUUCUGUUCUGAGUACAAUUUGUUCAAUAACAUCAGUCUUUUACAUAUGCUCUGUAACAGCGGAGGGAUACAUUAGUUUUCCAGUAAUUGUUCAGUGGUAAUGCUUUGAUUGUACCUAUUUAUGCAGUUUACUAGAUUUUAUACAGAGAGCGACAGAACUUUUCGCAUGUAAUAGAGAUAAUUGUUCAUAAGAAACUGAAAAAUCUCUACAACAUUUUAUUAAGACAUCUGACCAAGUAAUGCAUGCACCAUA